GUCCAGAGUGCAACCUGCGUGCUUUUACAGCAAAAUGGCGACAGUCUAAUACAGGGAGAGAAGACGGUGUCGGGCGCAGUGACAAACUUGAAGACAUGAGCGCUCGUCCUGAGAAAGUAUCGCUGCUAUGUCUGAUCUGAAGCUGAAUGCGCAAGAGGACAAAGACGUGGAAUCAGUGUCUGACAGCCCAGGUCGUACUCGGGAGCCAUUACAGACUCACACAUUCUCCCCGAAGAACAAUGCUGCAGGUCUGUCCUCAGAUGAACACGAAAACCCUUUAAAUGGAACCCAGCCGAAUCCAUUUGUAUACAGCAGUGUCCCUGCUGUUCCCCAUGCAGGCAAUUCAUUGCCUUCAGGAGCACUUGUUAAUGGACCUGGUUCACACCCCAACUCAGAGGUACACUGUGUCCUGAACAAAGGCACUGUUUUAUCCAACAGUGUCCUGGAUGCCGCGUGGCAAGCGGAGAAGGACACGAGCCCCGAGGUGUUACCACCACCUAGUGAGCUUCAAUCAGACGCUUGGAAGAACACAGUGGGACCCGACGUAAAAACACCGGCCACACAGCCAGGUGUCAACACGCCACUGUCUCACUCGGAGGAGAAUGAGUCUAAACUGGCCUAUUCCACGCUGUCAGGUGACAGUGCAGAGCAAAUGCACAUUAGCCAACCUUUGACAAAACAGACAAUAAAAACAAGAUCUCCACGGGACAUGGAACGGUCUGGAGUCUCCUUGGAUGAUUAUGAUAAUACUGAAGUAAUCAGGUGGGAUUCAACAAGAAAAUGCUUUUUGCACAAUGACAGAAGGCUGGAGACCAAAGUGAUGCCCCAAAGAGACAAGAAGCACAAUACACACACGAAAAGCAUGUUAGGCUGUCUUGAAAAGGUUAACAACAGCUACAGACAUUUCUGCAGUGGUAAUGAUGUUGAAAGUGUUGACACUGGCAACAAAGAUGAAUUUUUGGGUACACAAUCUGACAUUAAAUAUUCAGUUAUGCCAUUCAAAGACCUUUCUCGGAACAUAGCUUUAGACUCCGAGAGCCAUAUUUAUAGCACAGCGCAGGGAGGCUGUAAUGAGGAAAAUGACCCUGAAGAUGAAAACUGUGUUAGUCCAAAAGUGGAACAGUUGAAGGCAGAGCAACUUGAACGAGAUUCACUUUUCUUUUCAUGCACAAUAUGCAAUGUUAAUUUCAAGGAAAAAAGACAUUUCCAUAGACAUAUGAUGUAUCAUUUAGGCAAGCAUAAUCAGGUGAACAGUGAGAAUGAUUCACAGCCCUUUAUAUGCGGAGAGUGUGGGCUUUUGUUCUGUGAUAGCAACUCCCUCAUGAGGCACAUCAUUAUUCACCAAGAUAGGCUGGAAAAACUUAUGGAGGAAAUCGAAGGUCUCAAAAAGACUGAAUUUGAAGACGGGGCCACCGCAGUGCCGUGCUCUCGGUGCACGUUUGGUUGUAACUGCCAAAAAGUCUUUGUCCAGGGUACCAAAACACAUGAUAAUCUGAAGCACUACUACUUUUGUGAGGAGUGUAAUUACAUUUCCUUGACACGGCAGGCACUCGUAGCACACUUACAUGUCGCACACCUCAACACACACCAGCCUCAAAACUGGAAAAUGAGUCAUACUAAUGAUGCAGAGGGAGCACAACAUGUUCCGUUUCAGUGUAAAAUGAGUUUUUUCACAAAGAGAGACAAAGUAGUAUUAGGAAAACAUUCUGAAAUGCCAUAUGUUGGCAAAUAUAAAACAAUGGCCCGAUGUAAACCAAAUCUAUUUAAAUCUACUUUAAAGGAAAAACUCGACUGUUCCACUGAAAAGGGGGAUAUUCACAUUCAAAAAACUAUUGACAACACUGUAAAUUCUCUUCAGUUUAAACCCAAUGCCAGCUGCACUAAAAGCAUGCUGUCACCAUAUUUGUGGAGAAUCGACAAGCAUGGAAAGUUACUCUUACAACCAGCAGAAAAAUUGGAUGUGGAAACUGAUCUCACCUGUGAACAAGAAGAUGCUGAAAACAAUGACCGCAGGGCUUUUGGCAGCUUAAAGCUGGCAAACCGUCCUACAGCCGCUGCUUUUACAGCCAGGAAGCUUAAAUUGGACCAGAUGUUCUGUCAGGGAAGCAAAAAUGACCCCGUAAACGGGAGUUUACAAGUACAAGUAAGCCAAAAUUCUCCAUCAAUGGGAAAAAUGACUACACCUUUGCAUAACACUACUGAAAGAAUGAAUGGUAAUAUAUUGCCUGGGCUUAGCCAGAGGCUUAAGAAACAGCGUGCAGUUAGGGAGUUAAAGAAAGGCUGUGAGGGUGAUGAUAACUUCAGUGAUGACACCAGCGAAGCUACAGGCAGCUUCUUGGAAAGCAGCGAGAAUGAAAGGAACUCAUAUGCUCGGAGGUAUUUGAAAAAGAGGCAGAGCUUUACAGCCAAACACCAAAGCCCCCACGCACUCAAGGUUGAAGAUGAUGGAGAUGAAGACUGCAGUGACAUAGAACAGCUCAUAAUCAAAGAGGAGCACAUUGAAACGACAGUGAGUGAUGAUUCCACAGAAUUGCCUAUUACAUCUCCAAGUGAUAGUUUUGAUAUGUCCCCCACAUCAUCAGUAAAACAUAAGCCCUGUCCUUACUGUCCUGCCACGUUUGAGUCCGGAGUGGGUCUGUCCAAUCACGUGCGAGGACAUCUUCACAGAGCUGGGGUGAGCUAUAAUGCCCGGCACAUGGUUUCACCGGAACAAGUGGCGUUGUGGGAUUAUCAGCCAAGAAUCCGCAGAAAGAUUUCUACUGGCAUGAGAAAAAAAGCUGUUAAGCCAGAAACUCGAGGACAACACGCGUGUCCUGUGUGUUUGGAAUGUUUUGAUAGCAAAACUGGCAUCUCUAACCAUGUGAGGGGACACCUGAAACGAAUAGGUACAAAGGUUACCAGCAGCAGUAAGUCUCCACUGUGCGUACUAAAUGAAUUGCUACAGAACAAAACGGAACAUUGGAACAACCUUCUGACUAAGAGUCGGUUCUCCUCACGACCUUUAGCCUCUCAGAAGUUCAUCUGCAGCAAUGGCCUGUUCCUGAUGCACACAAGCAUCCCAGGGAAACUCCAACAUGUCAAAAGGAGUCUGCAUCCCAUAAUGAAAAGCUUUGUGUGUAAACACCUCUCAGAAAGGAAGAAGCUACAGGGGGAAGCAGAAAGAGGCACUACAGCCUCAUCAAGCACUUUAGUUGAACUCCUCAAAGCCAAACAGGAAAGUGUGGAGCUUGCAGUGAGCCAGGAAGCGUAUGCAACCAGGAUGAUCUGUGAGAUGACCAAAGAAACAGAGAUGACCAGUCGGAAACCAAACUGGACUCAUGGGGAAUGUGACUCAAAAAAGAUUUAUAUUCAGUGUGAUGGCACCUUCCCCACUGUUUCCCAGCUUCCUGGUCAUAUUCAAGCAAAUGCACACAGGAAGAGGAUUGCAAUUUUUGAAGAAGCAGACUAUGAUUUUAGGAAGAAGAAACCAAGACUGAGGCCGGGGCUCAAAAAGAAUAAUUUGCCUUCACUGAAUACUGAGAUGUGCACACUGACCUGCAGAUUCUGCGACCUAGUUUUUCAUGGUCCCUUUUCCAUUCAGGAGGACUGGAUCAGGCAUUUACAGAGGCACCUUCUACACACCAGCGUACCCCACUCAGGGAGAGGGAUGGUAGAGGUUUUAGCUCUUCAUCAGAAAAUACAACUAAGCAUGUCUCACGAGGACCCAGAAACUGGGUAGUUUUACUUCCAGAUCCCUCCAGAUCUAUCUAUUUCUCUCUCUCGCUCUCUUUCUCCCUCUAGAUAUAUAGAUAUAUAGAUAUAUCUAUAUAUAUCUAUAUAUAUCUAUACCAGCAUGUUUCUGGAUAGAAGUAUUUUAGUAAUCCAGGCUACUAUAUAGUAUAAAUUUUCUGUAUAUUCGCAAAAACUUUAUUAUAGCAUAUUUUAAUGCAACACUUUGCCUCAGCUAAUACGACUAAUAGGAUUCCUGUUUUUUGACUGCAAUAUAAAUUAUGCGCAACAAUAUGUAUGUUCCAAAAAUGUUUGAGUGAUCUAGUAGUGUGGAUUUACCAAAAAUCUUUUUUUGUCUUUAUAUAAGUGCCUUGUUAAUUCAACAAAACAGCUGCUUAAAAAUCAGAUUUUUGUAAGAAGGUUUUCAUCAUAACACAAAAAUUUAGAAGGAGCAUUAGUUAGAAGGAGAACUGUAAAAAUAGACAAGAAUUUGAAUGUGUUUCAUGUUUCAUUUUCUUUCAGAGAUAAAAUUCAGUGAAACUGUUGCUCUACUUGUACACACAGUACAGAGUGUCAUUAGUUUGUGGAUGCUUUGUACAAUUUCACCUUUGUGUACCUGCAUCAGAGACAGAAUUCUUCUUAAUCCAAAUGACAUUCAAGACGUUGGGACAGCUUGUUCUGUCAUCAUUUGUUCUUUGCUUUAACCUUCAACAUUCAGCUUAAUUUCUGAAAUCUGAUUCUCAUUGUUAGGCACAACAACAGCUUUUCAUGAAAAACCCUCUUUAGUUGUAACAAAAGGUAUAAUAUUUUCUAUGAUUAGCUCUGUGUUUCCAAAGGUGCUGUCUUUGGUUCAGUGGAAAUGUGUUGUAAUUAGAGACGUCACACUUAAAAUUCAUACUUAACAGUUUAAAGACAACAAGUACUGGAAAUACUAUGAACAUUACCUGUUAUCCAAAUAUCACUUAUUUUGCAUGACAGGACUUCUGGCUAUGCGCUAAGAUAAGUUUAGGUAUUUCAGCAUGUGAAUAAGUACUUUUGCCAGGUCCUUUCAGUAAAAGGUAUUAAUUUACCUUUUUCUUAGUACAUUUUCAUAACUGUAUUCUCUACAUUGUAUAUUUUAAGAACAGCUAAGGCUUUGUCGUGCGUGAUCUAGUCUGGCUGAACCUAUUGCCAAAGCACUUACCUCAAUUGUAACACUUUUGAUUUAUACUAUAUUAAAAGCCAACAAAUAGUAUAUUUAAAAUUCAGAAAUUUAGAUUCAGCAAAAUCAAGCAAAUGCUUGCUCUGGUUUUACAACCAAAUGCCAUGAAAGGAUAACUAUUUUAUGCAUUAACUUGCCUAUUUUGAAUAUUAAAAACUGCAGAUAUAGCAUCCUAACAUGUUGUACAGUUUAGCUUUGUAUUAAUACAUGUUGUUAAAUCAAUUUAAGAAUUCCAAUUUGACUUGGAUUAUAUCUUCUGCAAUCAAAUAUUCAUACAAUUCUGAUGAAACUUGCAUGCAAAUAUUUGUAUAGAGCAUAUGUGAUAUGAAAGAAGUGUUGUAAAUUUAAGGAAUUAAACACAUGCUUAUUUGUU